GAGUAUGGUUGGGAUACAGCCAUACCCACGCAUGCACUAAACUCCACUAAAACUGGUUAUACACUACACUGAGAACUGGUUCCAGAAAUGAGUACUUUGUCGUGAGCGCUGCAACUGCGGAUCCCGCUUCAACUUGAGUGAAUUUUGUUAUUCUCUUCUCGAAGAACUUUAAAUCGGAGAUUUUAGGUUAUCGAGUAAAAAGGAGGUCAUAAAGAUGGGAAACCAGGAAAGUGCUUCGGCUGGUUUACACGUUGAAGGGUCGGUGUCGGUCUCGGGGGCCGCUGAUGCCGGUGUCUCCGUGGAAAGCCAGGGCCAAGCCCAUGGACCGCCGUCACCGAAAAAAAGACGCCUGAGUUUUAAGGGGUUGCGAAAGGGAUCAUCAUUUCGACGGUCGUUUCGAAUUCGGCGGAGUGGACGGGACAAAAAAGCCAAAUCUAAGAAGGACGAUGGAAUUGAAAUGGAAGGGGGAGUGUCAGCCGAGAUAGGGGCCGGAGCUGCUGGAAAUGUGAAAGGUUCUGUGACAGGAAAACCGGUUGUUGACUUGAAUGUAGCUGCACCGCUUGCGACAGAUGAAACAGAAAACAUGGACCUAGAUGCUGAUGUUGAUAUUGGAGGAAACCUUGAUGUAGCUGGUGGAAUUGAUGCAGGUCUGGGAGGAAGUGCUGGCCUAUCGGCUGGCAUUCCAUCAGGAGCAUCUGCUGGAGUUGGUGCAAGUGGGGAUGUGCCAUCCACAGGAGCAAGCCUUGAUGUCUCUGCACCAGCCAUUAACCUGAAAGCAAAUGGAAAGAAACACAAAAAGCGACCAUCAUUCCCUAAAUUUAGAAAAAGGACACCUGCUGAAGCUGAACUAGAUGUUGAUGUUAACGCAGAGUUGCCCAAAGGUGAAGUAGAAAUUGGAGGAAAUGCUGAGUUGGGUGCUGGUUUGAAUGGACACAAAGGAUCAAAACAUCGAAGGCGAAAAAAGAAACCAGGAUUAAAAGUAUCAGGUGGACUUGGUGUUAACGGAGAUCACAGUAGUUCAAGCUCAUCUUCAGAAUCAGACAGUGAUGCUGAAAUUGACGUGAAGGUGCCUACUAUGUCUUUUGGUGGAGGAGCAGGCAUGAAUGUUGAUGGACCCAAAGCCGAUAUUUCCCUUAAAGCAGAUGCACCAGAUGCAAAAGGACAUUCUCCAAAGAAGGGUGGGUUCUUCUCAGGGAUUGCCAAGUUUUUCAGCGGAGACUCUGAUUCCGAGUCGGAUGAAGAGACCAAAAAAGUGAGGGUCUCAGGAAGUCUUCCCAAAGCAGAUGUAUCAUUGGAAGGGCCAGAUGUGAAUGUCGAAGGUGGUAUGGGGACCAGCCUCGAUGCUUCUGGUUCAGCCAGUCUGCCUGAAGGAGAUGCCAAAGUCAACAUCGGAGCUGGUGGCAAGCUUAAGGGAUCAUCAAGCAAAGGAAAGAAAGGACGCUUUAAGCUGCCAAAGAUUGGAAAGCCAAAGAUAAAUGGCAAUGCUGAUAUUGGUGGAGCAGUGGAAGUUCCCAAUGCUGAUCUUGCUGGAGUUGCUGGUUUUCAUGUUGAAGCACCCGAUGUUGUAGUAAAAGCUGACACUGACACUAAUGUUAAGACCAAAAAACCAGGCUUUGGAUUUGAUGCUCCUAAACUAGGUUGGUCUGAUCCAAGUGCUGGGGCUGGUGUCAGAGGUGGUAUUGAUGGUACGAUUUCAGGCCCAGAUGUGAAGUUAUCAACACCAGAUGCUUCUCUAGAUGUUGGAGGUGAUGUGAAAGCCCCAGGAUUUGGUGGCGGUUUUGGUGGAUCUGGUGGAUUUGGCCUCAAUGGAGAUACCAAUGGGCCCGAUUUUAAUGUUUCUGCACCAUCAGCAAACAUUGGAGGUGGAAUUAAGGCACCAGAUGCUUCACUUGGUACUGGUGGAGAGGCAAAGGGCCCUGAUUUUGGUGGAGGUUUUGGUGGAUCUGGUGGCAUUGGUUUGAAGGGAGACAUCAGCGGACCUGAUGUUGACGUAAAAGCACCAUCAUUGGACCUUGGAGGAGGAAUCGACUCUGGUGUAAAUGUGAAAGCCCCUGGAUUCGGUGGAGGUAUUGGUGGAUCUGGUGGAAUUGGCCUCAAUGGAGAUAUUAGUGGACCAUCAGUUAACGUUGGAGGAGGUGGAAUAAAAGCUCCAGAUGCUUCUCUUGAUGUUGGUGGAGAUGUGAAGGCCCCAGGAUUUGGUGGUGGAAUUGGUGGAGGAGUCAGUGGUGGAAUUGGUCGAGAUAUGGGACUUGGUUUUAAGGGAGACAUUUCAAGACCAGAUGUUGAUGUUGAUGUUGAAAGCCCAGAUUUUGGGGGAGGUAUUGGUGGAGCUGGUGGUUUUGGCUUGAAGGGAGAUGUUAAAGGACCCAAAAUUAAUGGAGGUGGAGGAUUUGGAGGUGGAAUAAAUGGACCAGAUGCUUCGCUUGGAGUCGGUGGUGAUGUUAAAGCCCCAGGUUUUGGCGGUGACAUUGAUGGAGCUGGUGGACUUGGCCUAAAAGGUGACAUUAACAGACCUGAUGUUGAUAUCUCUGGACCAUCUGUAAAUGUUGGAGGAAGUGGAGAUUUCGGAGGUGGAAUGAAGACACCAAAUGUUUCUCUAGGUGGUGGUGGAGAUGUGAAAGGUCCAGGAUUUGGGGGAGGCAUUGGAGGAGGAAUCGGUGGUGCUGGUGGACUUGGCCUGAAGGGAGAAAUUAACAAACCUGAUGUUGAUAUCUCUGGACCAUCAGUAGAUAUUGGUGGAGGUGGAGGAUUUGGAUUUGGAGGGGGAGUACAAGCACCAGAUGCUUCACUAGGUGUUAGUGGCGAUGUGAAAGGCCCAGAUUUUGAUGGUAAAUUUGGUGGCACCGGUGGACUUGGUCUCGGAGGAGGAGUGAAGGGUCCUAAUGUGAAUCUUGGAGGUGAUAUUGAAGUGAACGGGCCAGAACUUGAUGCUCCAAAUGUUGGCUUGGGUGGUGGUGCUGGUAUAAGUGGUGAUUUGCCUGAUGCUUCUGCAAAUGUUGAUCUGAGUGGAAAGAAAGAUAAGGGCGGCUUUCACUUCAGAUUACCAAAGUUCAAAUUCCCGUCAUUUGGGUCAUCAGAUGCUAAAGUAAAAGGAGAUUUAAAAGGUGGACCUCAAGGUGACAUUUCUGUGAAAGGACCGGAGGGAGGAUUAACUACUGAUGUUGACUUUGAUGUUGUUGGAGAUGCUGACAUUAAGUUACCGAAUGUUUCCGCUGACAUUGGUGGAGAUGAAGAUCUAGAUGUCAAAAAAUCUGUUGACCUUGAUGUAAAAGCAAAGAGUCCAAGUGGAGAUUUAUCCCUCACAGGACCAUCAGGUGGUAUAUCUGGCUCGGUUAAUGUUGAUGCCCCAGAUGUCUCAGCUGGAGGAGAUGUUGGUGGUUCAGGAAAGGGAAAGUUUAAACUGCCAAGUUUUGGAUUUCCUUCAUGGAAAGGAAAGGGUGAUGUUUCUGUUGAUGCUGAUGUGAAAAAGCCUGAUGUAGACAUUGACAUUGAUGGUCCGGGUGUCGGUGGAGGACUUAAAGCAGAUUUAGACGUUAGUGGUGAUGUUGAUGGGCCUGAUGUUGGUGCUAAGUUCAAGCUACCUGGAGGUUCUGUAGAUGGUGCUGGAUCAGUAGCUGCUGGAGGGAAUGUUGAUGCUAAUCUUGACAUGCCAAAAGCUUCUGGAGGUGUAUCUGGUUCCAUAGAUGUAGAUUCACCAGAAUUUGAUGCCAAGAUUAAAGGAGGUGGAAAGAAGAAGAAAGGAUUUCAAUUUCCACAUAUCAGCUUUCCUUCAUUUAAUUUCGGUGGAAAGGGCCCUAAAGUUGACACUCCCGAUUUUGAUGUAGAUGUUCAGGCAGGUGGUGCUGUAAAUAAACCAGAAGGUGAUAUUGGAAUCAAUGUUGGGGCUCCUGGAGUUGGGGCAGAUCUUUCAGGUGAUGCUGAUGUUAAUGUUCCAAAUGUUAAGGGAGGCGCUGGGUUUGGCUUUGGAGGUGAUAUCAAUGGGCCUGAUGUUGAUGCAAAGAUGAAAUUACCUGAAGGACCAGACUUUGAUGGCAAAGUUUCUGUUAAGAGUCCAGAUGUUGAUAUGGAUGGAAAACUAAAAGGACCAGAUGGAUCUAUUGGGUUGAAAGGCCCAGAGAUUGGAGGAUCAGGUGGAAUAAGUGGACCUAGCUUUGGGGGAGGCUUUGGCUUGAAAGGAGACAUUGAUGUUCCAAGUGUUGGUGGUUCUGUCGAUGUGGAUGGACCUGACCUAGGAGGAGUGAAGAAAGCAAUUGAUCUUGAUGUGAAAUCAUACAAGCCAGAUGCAGAUUUUUCUGUUGACGGACCUAGUGGAAAGCUGUCAUUGGGUGGUUCAGCAGAUGUUGACAUUCCCAAACCUGAAGGAGACAUUUCAGGCUCACUCGAUGUGAAUGCACCGGACGUGGAUAUCAAUUUGGAAGGAAAGGGCUCAGGGAAGCAUAAAUUCCGAUUUCCAAGUUUCAACCUCCCAAGCUUGCCAAAGUUCAAAGGCAAGGCCAAGGUGGAUGGUGAUCUUAACGGGCCAGAUGUUGAUAUUGAAGGUGGAGCAGGUGGAGAUAUCAAUUUGCCCAAAGGUGGUGCUUCUGUUGAUGGUGACAUUGAUGUGAACCUCCCUACUGGUGAUGCUAGUCUUGACGUGUCUGGGGAUUUACCAAAAGUCAAAGGAGAUAUUGAUGUGGACUCUCCAGAUCUUGAUGCUGACAUAAACCUUGGGGGCAAGGUCAAAGGUUCAAAGAAGAAAAGGGAUGGUUUCCAUUUGCCAUCAUUUAACUUUGGGUUUUCAGGCCCAAAGCACAAACGCAGGAAGGGGGAUGCAGAUGUUGACAUUGGGGGUGGACUUGAUAUUAAAGGGGGAGCAGGUGUUGAUAUUGAUGGAUCUGGUAGUAUUGAUGGUCCAAAUGUUCAUGGGAGCAUGGAGGUACCAAAAGGCUCCAUUGAAGUAUCUGGUCCAGAUAUAGGUGGCAAAGGUGGCAUCGGAGGUGAUAUUGGUGGAGGCAUCGAAGGUGGCAUUGGAGGUGAUAUUGAUGUCAAUGCCCCCAAACCAGAUGUUGAUCUUUCAGGGAAAGUUGGCGGUGGUGUUGAUGCAGAUGUGAAUUUGUCUCUGGAUGGUAAAAAGAAGAGUCACAAAAAGAAGAAAGGAGGUUUCCACUUUCCAUCAUUUGGAUUUGGUUUUAAAGGAAAAGGAGGUGAUAGUAGCUCAAGUGAUUCAGAUUCUGAUGAUGAAAAGGCUGGCUUCAAAAUGGGUGUUAAAGCUCCCAAGAUAAAAGGCGGAGUUGGAGGUGAAGUAAAAGGCCCUAAAGUUUCUGGGGACCUUGAUGGUCCUGGAAUUGAUGUUAAAGGUGGUGCUGCUGGUUUUGGUUUUGAAGGUCCAGAUCUUGGAGGAGUGAGAAAAGACAUUGAUAUUGAUGUGAAAGCACCUAAACCUGAGGGUGAUGUGUCUGUUAAUAUUCCCAGUGGAGGCAGCGGUGGAGGCAUCGGUGGAGGCAUUGGAAGUGGCAUUGGUGGUGGUUUCAAAGGGCCAAAUGUAAACUUGGAUGUUGGUGGUGGUGCUGGAGGAGAUGUAAAGCUGCCUGAAGGAGAUGCGUCACUGUCUAUUGAAGGACCAGAAUUUGGUGAUGGCAUCGGUGGAGGCAUCGGUGGAGGCAUUGGUGGAGGCAUUGGAGGUGGCAUUGGCGGUGGUUUCAAUGGACCAGAUGUAAACUUGGAUGUUGGUGGUGGUGCUGGAGGAGAUGUAGAGCUGCCUAAAGGAGAUGCGUCACUAUCUAUUGAAGGACCGGACAUUGGAGGAGGCAUUGGAGGUGGCAUAGGAGGUGGCAUUGGAGGUGGCAUUGGCGGUGGUUUCAAUGGGCCAGAUCUUGACGGUAAGGGUGAUGUUUCAGUGGAUAUUCCAAGUGGUAAACUUGCUGUUGAUGGGCCAGACAUUUCUGUUGGUGGUCAAGCCGGAGGAAACUUGGAACUACCAGAGGGAGAUGCUGACCUGUCCAUUAGUGGUCCUAACAUUGGAGGCAACAUUGACAUUGGCAGGAAAAAGAAAAGCCACAAAAAGAAAGGUUUCCAUUUACCCUCUUUUGGGUUUGGUGGUAAAAGCAAGGGAGAUGAUAGUAGCUCAAGUGACUCAGACUCUGACGAUGAAAAGAAGGGAAGCUUUGGUUUUGGCAUUAAAGGUCCAUCUAUCAAAUUAGAUGCUGAUGGUGGCAUUAAAGGCCCCGAGAUAUCUGGUGACAUAGAGGGGCCUGGUGUCGGAAUCCAAGGUGGUGCAGGCAUUGGGCUGGGAGUAUCUGGUGGCAUUGAAGGGCCAGAACUUGGAGGAGUGACAAAGGAAAUUGAUACGGAUGUGAAAGCACCCAAACCUGAGGGUGAUGUAUCUAUUAAUCUCCCAAGUGGUGAACUAUCAGUUGAUGGACCAGAUGUUGAUGCAGAUUUUAACUUGGGAGGAAAGCGCAAGGGGUCUGGCAAGAAAAAGGGCGGAUUCCAUAUGCCUUCAAUCCAUUUUCCUAAGGGCAAAGGGAAAGGACAUGCAGAUGUUGACAUGGAUGCAGGCUUGAACAUUGGAGGAGACAUUAAAGGCCCUGGUUUCUCUGGUCCAGAUGUGAACUUGGAUAUUGGUGGUGGUGCUGGAGGAGAUGUAAAGCUUCCAGAAGGAGAUGCGUCAUUGUCUAUUGAAGGACCAGAUAUUGGUGGUGGCAUCGGUGGAGGCAUCGGUGGAGGCAUUGGAGGUGGCAUUGGUGGUGGCAUCAGUGGCAUUGGUGGAGACAUUGAUGUUGAUGGAAAAGUUUCAAAACCGGACGCAGACGUAUCAAUUGGAGGUAGUGCUGACAUCCCAGAUGCAAGUCUGUCUCUAAGUGGGAAGAAGAAAGGUUCCAAAAAGAAAUCAGGAGGCUUUCAUCUUCCGUCAUUUGGUUUUGGAGGUAAAGGGAAAGGAGAUGACAGCAGUUCCAGUGAUUCUGACUCUGAUGGAGGUAAGGGUGGAUUUGGUUUUGGUAUCAAAGGUCCUAAAAUCAAAGGAGAUGCUGGUGGGAAAUUGAAAGGUCAUGAACACUCUGGAGACUUCGAAGGCCCUGCGGUUGAUGUGAAGGGUGGUGGUGGAAUCGGGUUUGGAAUUUCAGGAGGAAUUGAUCCUGAUGUGAAGUUACCUGGAGGUUCCAUCGAAGUAGAGGGUCCAGAACUUGGAGGAGUGAAAAAGGAAAUUGAUAUUGAUGUGAAAGCACCCAAACCUGAGGGUGAUGUAUCUAUUAAUCUCCCAAGUGGUGACCUGUCGGUUGAUGGACCAGAUGUUGAUGCAGAUUUUAACUUGGGAGGAAAGCGCAAGGGGUCUGGCAAGAAAAAGGGCGGAUUCCAUAUGCCUUCAAUCCAUUUUCCAAAGGGCAAAGGGAAAGGACAUGCUGAUGUUGACAUUGAUGCAGGCUUGAACAUUGGAGGAGACAUUAAAGGCCCUGGUUUCUCUGGUCCAGAUGUGAACUUGGAUAUUGGUUGUGGUGCUGGAGGAGAUGUAAAGCUGCCUGAAGGAGAUGCGUCACUGUCUAUUGAAGGACCAGAUAUUGGUGGUGGCAUCGGUGGGGGCAUCGGUGGAGGCAUCGGUGGAGGCAUUGGAGGUGGAAUUGGUGGUGGCAUUGGUGGUGGCAUUGGUGGUGGCAUUGGUGGAGACAUUGAUGUUGAUGGAAAAGUUUCAAAACCGGACGCAGACAUAUCAAUUGGAGGUAGUGCUGACAUCCCAGAUGCAAGUCUGUCUCUAAGUGGGAAGAAGAAAGGUUCCAAAAAGAAAUCAGGAGGCUUUCAUCUUCCGUCAUUUGGUUUUGGAGGUAAAGGGAAAGGAGAUGACAGCAGUUCCAGUGAUUCUGACUCUGAUGGAGGUAAGGGUGGUUUUGGUUUUGGUAUCAAAGGUCCUAAAAUCAAAGGAGACGCUGGUGGGAAAUUGAAGGGUCCUGAAUACUCUGGAGACUUGGAAGGCCCUGAUGUUGAUGUGAAGGGUGGUGGUGGAAUCAGGUUUGGAAUUUCAGGAGGAAUUGAUCCUGAUGUGAAGUUACCUGGAGGUUCCAUCGAAGUAGAGGGUCCAGAACUUGGAGGAGUGAAAAAGGAAAUUGAUAUUGAUGUGAAAGCACCCAAACCUGAGGGUGAUGUAUCUAUUAAUCUCCCAAGUGGUGACCUGUCGGUUGAUGGACCAGAUGUUGAUGCAGAUUUUAACUUGGGAGGAAAGCGCAAGGGGUCUGGCAAGAAAAAGGGCAGAUUUCAUAUGCCCUCAAUCCAUUUUCCAAUGGGAAAAGGGAAAGGCCACGCAGAUGCUGACAUUGAUGCAGGCUUGAACAUUGGAGGAGACAUUAAAGGCCCUGGUUUCUCUGGUCCAGAUGUGAACUUGGAUAUUGGUGGUGGUGCUGGAGGAGAUGUAAAGCUGCCUGAAGGAGAUGCGUCACUGUCUAUUGAAGGACCAGAUAUUGGUGGUGGCAUUGGUGGAGGCAUCGGUGGAGGCAUUGGUGGUGGCAUUGGUGCAGACAUUGAUGUUGAAGGAAAAGUUUCAAAACCAGAUGCAGACAUAUCAAUUGGAGGUAGUGCUGACAUCCCAGAUGCAAGUCUGUCUCUAAGUGGAAAGAAAAAAAGCCCAAAGAAGAAGAAAGGAGGUUUCCAGAUCCAUCUUCCAUCUUUUGGUUUUGGAGGUAAAGGGAAAGGAGAUGACAGCAGUUCCAGUGAUUCUGACUCUGAUGGAGGUAAGGGUGGUUUUGGUAUCAAAGGUCCUAAAAUCAAAGGAGAUGCUGGUGGGAAAUUGAAGGGUCCUGAAUACUCUGGAGACUUGGAAGGCCCUGAUGUUGAUGUGAAGGGUGGUGGUGGUAUCGGGUUUGGAAUUUCUGGAGGAAUUGAUCCUAAUGUGAAGUUACCUGCAGGCUCCAUCGAAGUAGAGGGUCCAGAACUUGGAGGAGUGAAAAAGGAAAUUGAUAUUGAUGUGAAAGCACCCAAACCUGAGGCUGAUGUAUCUAUUAAUCUCCCAAGUGGUGACCUAUCAGUUGAUGGACCAGAUGUUGAUGCAGAUUUUAACCUGGGAGGAAAGCGCAAGGGGUCUGGCAAGAAAAAGGGCGGAUUCCAUAUGCCUUCAAUCCAUUUUCCAAAGGGAAAAGGGAAAGGCCAUGCAGAUGCUGACAUUGAUGCAGGCUUGAACAUUGGAGGAGACAUUAAAGGCCCUGGUUUCUCUGGUACAGAUGUGAACUUGGAUAUUGGUGGUGGUGCUGGAGGAGAUGUAAAGCUUCCAGAAGGAGAUGCGUCAUUGUCUAUUGGAGGACCAGAUAUUGGUGGUGGCAUUGGAGGUGGCAUUGGAGGAGGCAUUGGAGGUGGCAUUGGUGGUGGCAUUGGUGGAGACAUUGAUGUUGAUGGAAAAGUUUCAAAACCGGAUGCAGACAUAUCACUUGGAGGUAGUGCUGACAUCCCAGAUGCAAGUCUGUCUCUAAAUGGAAAGAACAAAGGAUCCAAAAAGAAAUCGGGAGGCUUUCAUCUUCCGUCAUUUGGUUUUGGAGGUAAAGGGAAGGGAGAUCACAGCAGUUCCAGUGAUUCUGACUCUGAUGGAGGUAAGGGUGGUUUUGGUUUUGGUAUCAAAGGUCCUAAAAUCAAAGGAGACGCUGGUGGGAAAUUGAAGGGUCCUGAAAUUUCUGGAGACUUCGAAGGCCCUGAUGUUGAUGUGAAGGGUGGUGGUGGAAUUGGGUUUGGAAUCAUUGGAGGAGUUGAUCCUGAUGUAAAGAUACCUGGAGGCUCCAUCGAAGUAGAGGGUCCAGAACUAGGAGGAGUGAAAAAGGAAAUUGAUAUUGAUGUGAAAGCACCUAAACCUGAGGGUGAUGUUUCUAUUAAUCUCCCAAGUGGUGACCUGUCGGUUGAUGGACCAGAUGUUGAUGCAGAUUUUAACUUGGGAGGAAAGCGCAAGGGGUCUGGCAAGAAAAAAGGCAGAUUCCAUAUGCCCUCAAUCCAUUUUCCAAAGGGAAAAGGGAAAGGCCAUGCAGAUGCUGACAUUGGUGCGGGCUUGAACAUUGGAGGAGACAUUAAAGGCCCUGGUUUUUCUGGUCCAAAUGUUAACUUGGAUAUUGGUGGUGGUGCUAGAGAAGAUGUUAAGCUGCCUGAAGGAGAUGCCUCACUGUCUAUUGAAGGACCAGAUAUUGGUGGUGGCAUUGGAGGUGGCAUCGGUGGAAGCAUUGGUGGAGACAUUGAUGUGAAACCAACCAAAACAGGUAGUGAAAUUGGUGUUGAUUUUCCAAGUGGUAAGAUUUCUGUGGAUGGUCCAGAUGCUUCCCUUGAUGUAGACGGCCCAGAAAUUGAUGCAAACCUCAGCUUGAAUGGAAAGGGCAACGGUUCCAGUAAAAAGAAGAAGGGAUUCCACAUGCCAUCAAUUGGAUUACCAAAAUUUAAAGGUAAAGGAGAUUAUGAUUUGGGUCAUGGAGACAUAGAUGUUGGAGCUGAAGGAAAAUUCAAACACACUGGUGGAAGUGUUGGCAUGUCGCUUGAGGGUGAUGUACAAAAGCCAGAUGCAGAUGUUUCAAUUGACAUUCCAGAUGGACAGAAGGCUCAAGGUGAUAUAGAUAUUAAAGGUGGGAUUAAGCUGAAAGGUAAAGGCAGCCCAAAGAAAAAGGGCAAGAAAGACAAAAAGAAGGGUAAAUUCGGAUUUGGAUUUGGAUUUGGAGGCAAAAAAGAUGGAUCUUCUUCUUCCUCUUCCUCUUCUUCCGAUGAUGAGGGAAAAGGUGGAUUCAAGAUUGGUCUUCCUAAAUUUGGAUUAUCAAGUGGUGGUGGUGGCACUGCAGAUGUUGAUGUUCCUAAACCAGAUGGUUCAUUCUCUGCAGGACUUGAUGUCGGUGGUGACUUGGGUGAAGUUAAACCAAAUGUAGAUAUGAGCGUCAAAUCAGCCAAACCAGAUGGUGACAUCUCAUUUGGUGGAGGAAUUGGAGGUGGUAUUGGUGGGACAAUCAAUGGAGUUGGAGGAGACAUGAAUGCAAGCCUGGGAGGUAGAGACAUUGAUGUUGAUGUUUCUGGUGGAGGAGUUGGAAUUGGCGGAGGACUUAAUGGAGCAGGUGGUCUAGGAGGUGGUCUAGGAGGAGGAAACAUUGAUGUUUAUGUCCCAAAACCAGACCUCUCUGUUGGUGGAGGAUUAGAUGGUGGUGGAGGAGGACUUAGCAUUGGUGGUGGUCUUGGUGGAGCAGGUGGCCUUUCCGGUGGUCUAGGAGGAGGCGGCAUCGAUGUUGAUGUACCUAAACCAGAUCUCUCUGUUGGUGGAGAUUUGGAUGCUGGUGGCGGAAAAGGAUUUGGAGUUGGUGGAGGCCUUGCUGGAGCAGAUGUUGACCUGAAAGGUGGAAUUAAGCUGAAAGGUAAAGGAAGCCCAAAGAAAAAGAGCAAGAAAGAAAAAAAGAAGGGUAAAUUCGGAUUUGGAUUCGGUUUUGGAGGCAAAAAAAAUGGAUCUUCUUCUUCUUCCUCUUCCUCUUCUUCUGAUGAUGAAGGAAAAGGUGGACUCAAGAUUGGUCUUCCUAAGUUUGGAUUAUCAAGUGGUGGUGGUGGGACUGCAGAUGUUGACGUUCCCAAACCUGAUGGUUCAUUCUCAGCAGGAUUUGAUGUCGGUGGUGAUUUGGGUGAAGUGAAACCAAACGUAGAUAUGAGCGUGAAAUCAGCCAAACCAGACGCCGGCAUCUCAUUUGGUGGAGGAAUUGGAAUUGGUGGAGGCCUUGGUGGAGCAGGUGGCCUUUCAGGUGGUCUAGGAGGAGGAAGCAUCGAUGUUGACGUACCUAAACCAGACCUCUCUGUUGGUGGAGGAUUGGAUGCUGGUGGCGAAGGAGGAAUUGGAAUUGGUGGAGGCCUUGGUGGUGCUGGUGGCCUUUCAGGUGGUCUAGGGGGAGGAAGCGUCGAUGUUGAUGUACCUAAACCAGAUCUAUCUGUUGGUGGAGGCCUUGAUGCUGGUGGUGGAGGAGGAUUUGGAAUUGGUGGAGGCCUUGGUGGAGCAGAUGGCCUUUCAGGUGGUGUUGGAGGAGGAAGCAUCGAUGUUGAUGUACCUAAACCAGAUCUAUCUGUUGGUGGAGGCCUUGAUGCUGGUGGUGGAGGAGGAUUUGGAAUUGGUGGAGGCCUUGGUGGAGCAGGUGGCCUUUCAGGUGGUCUUUCAGGUGGUCUUGGAGGAAGAAGCAUUGAUGUUGAUGUACCUAAACCAGAUCUCUCUGUUGGUGGAGGAUUAAAUGCUGGUGGCGGAGGACUUGGCAUUGGUGGGGGGCUUGGUGGAGCAGGUGGCCUUUCAGGUGGUCUUGGAGGAGGAAGCGUUGAUGUUGAUGUACCUAAACCGGAUCUAUCUGUUGGUGGAGGCCUUGAUGCUGGUGGUGGAGGAGGAUUUGGAAUUGGUGGAGGCCUUGGUGGAGCAGGUGGCCUUUCAGGUGGUCUAGGAGGAGGAAGUAUUGAUGUUGAUGUACCUAAACCAGACCUUUCUGUUGGUGGAGGAUUAGAUGCUGGAGGUGGAGGAGGAUUAAGAAUUGGUGGAGCAGGUGGCCUUUCAGGUGGUCUUGGAGGAGGAAGCAUUGAUGUUGAUGUACCUAAACCAGACCUCUCUGUUGGUGGAGGAUUGGAUGCUGGUGGUGGAGGAGGAUUUGGAAUUGGUGGAGGCCUUGGUGGAGCAGUUGACCUUUCAGGUGGUCUUGGAGGAGGAAGCAUUGAUGUUGAUGUACCUAAACCAGAUCUCUCUGUUGGUGGAGGAUUGAAUGCUGGUGGCGGAGGACUUGGCAUUGGUGGGGGGCUUGGUGGAGCUGGUGACCUUUCAGGAAGCAUUGAUGUUGAUGUACCUAAACCAGACCUUUCUGUUGGUGGAGCAUUAGAUGCUGGAGGUGGAGGAGGAUUAGGAAUUGGUGGAGCAGGUGGCCUUUCAGGUGGUCUUGGAGGAGGAAGCAUUGAUGUUGAUGUACCUGAACCAGAUUUCUCUGUUGGUGGUGGUAUGGAUACUGGUGGUGGAGGACUUGGCAUUGGUGGAGGAAUUGGUGGAGUACGUGGAGUUUCAGGUGGUCUCGGAGGAGGAGUGGAUAUUCCAAGUGGACCAGAUGUCGAUGUUAAAGGUGGAAUUAAGCUGAAAGGUAAAGGCAGCCCAAAGAAAAAGAGUAAGAAAGACAAAAAGAAGGGUAAAUUCGGAUUGGGAUUCGGAUUAGGAGGCAAAAAAGAUGGAUCUUCUUCUUCUUCCUCUUCCUCUUCCUCUUCUUCUGAUGAUGAAGGAAAAGGUGGAUUCAAGAUUGGUCUUCCUAAGUUUGGAUUAUCAAGUGGUGGUGGUGGCGGCACUGCAGAUGUUGAUGUUCCCAAACCAGAUGGUUCAUUCUCAGCAGGACUUGAUGUCGUUGGUGAUUUGGGUGAAGUCAAACCAAAUGUAGAUAUGAGCGUGAAAUCAGCCAAACCAGAUGCCGGCAUCUCAUUUGGUGGAGGAUUUGGUGGUGGCAUUGGUGGGGGAGACAUCGAUGUCGAUGUUCCUGGUGGAGGAAUUGGAAUUGGUGGAGGCCUUGGUGGUGCUGGUGGGCUUUCAGGUGGUCUAGGAGGAGGGAGCAUCGAUGUUGACGUACCUAAACCAGACCUCUCUGUUGGUGGAGGAUUGGAUGCUGGUGGCGAAGGAGGACUGGGCAUUAGUGGGGGGCUUGGUGGAGCAGGUGGCCUUUCAGGUGGUCUAGGAGGAGGAAGCAUUAAUGUUGAUGUACCAAAACCAGAUCUCUCUGUUGGUGGAGGAUUAAAUGCUGGUGGCGGAGGACUUGGCAUUGGUGGAGGCCUUGGUGGUGCUGGUGGGCUUUCAGUUGGUCUAGGAGGAGGAAGCAUCGAUGUUGACGUACCUAAACCAGACCUCUCUGUUGGUGGAGGAUUGGAUGCUGGUGGCGGAGGAGGAAUUGGAAUUGGUGGAGGCUUUGGUGGUGCUGGUGGCCUUUUAGGUGGUCUAGGAGGAGGAAACAUCGAUGUUGAUGUGCCUAAACCAGACCUCUCUGUUGGUGGAGGAUUGGAUGCUGGUGGUGGAGGAGGAUUUGGAAUUGGUGGAGGCCCUGGUGGAGCAGGUGGUCUUUCAGGUAGUCUUGGAGGAGGAAGCAUUGAUGUUGAUGUACCUAAACCAGAUCUAUCUGUUGGUGGAGGAUUGGAUGCUGGCGGCGGAGGAGGAUUUGAAAUUGGUGGAGGCCUUGGUGGAGCAGGUGGACUUUCCGGUGGUCUUGGAGGAGGAAGCAUUGAUGUUGAUGUACCUAAACCAGAUCUAUCUGUUGGUGGAGGAUUGGAUGGUGGUGACGGAGGAGGAUUUGGAAUUGGUGGAGGCCUUGGUGGACUUUCAGGUGGUCUUGGAGGAGGAAGCAUUGAUGUUGAUGUACCUAAACCUGACCUUUCUGUUGGUGGAGGAUUGGAUGCUGGCGGCGGAGGAGGAUUUGAAAUUGGUGGAGGCCUUGGUGGAGCAGGUGGACUUUCCGGUGGUCUUGGAGGAGGAAGCAUUGAUGUUGAUGUACCUAAACCAGAUCUAUCUGUUGGUGGAGGAUUGGAUGGUGGUGACGGAGGAGGAUUUGGAAUUGGUGGAGGCCUUGGUGGACUUUCAGGUGGUCUUGGAGGAGGAAGCAUUGAUGUUGAUGUACCUAAACCUGACCUUUCUGUUGGUGGAGGAUUGGAUGCUGGUGGCGGAGGAUUUGGAAUUGGUGGGGGCCUUUGUGGAGCUGGUGGCCUUUCAGGUGGUCUUGGAGGAGGAAGUAUCGAUGUUGACGUACCUAAACCAGAUCUCUCUGUUGGCGAAGGAGGAAUUGGAAUUGGUGGAGGCCUUGGUGGAGCAGUUGGCCUUUCAGGUGGUCUAGGAGGAGGAAGUAUUGAUGUUGACGUUCCUAAACCAGACCCCUCUGUUGGUGGAGGAUUGGAUGCUAAAUUGAAAGUUAAAAAGCCAAAAAAGAAGAAAGGCAAGUUUGGUUUUGGUUUUGGUGGCAAGUCAAGUGGUACGUCCAGUAGCAGCUCUAGUUCCAGUUCAUCAGAGUCCGACGAUGAGGAGAAGAAGGGAUUUAAAGUUAAAUUACCAAGCUUUGGAUUUUCUGGAAGUGGGGGAACUGGUCUUGAUGUAGAUAUGCAUAGUGCUGAAGUCAACGUUGGCGGAGAUGCAUCUGCAACAGGUCAGGAUGUUAUGAUAGAUGGAGGCUUAAGCAGUAGUAUCAAAGGUGACAUAGCUGGAGACAUUGUCAGUCCUGAUCUUGAUGUUAAUGUGAAAACAGAAAAACCUGAUCCAUCUUUAUCAUUUGAAGGACAACAGUUAAGUAUCGGUGGCACUGCUGGAAGCAUGGAUGGUGAUCUAUCAGGAGGGGCCCAACUUGAAGGAGCUUCUGGAUUAGAUGGAAAAAUUGAUAGUUCUGGAGACAUAGGUGUUGAUGUUAAAGGAGGUCUUGGUGCAGGAGUAUCUGGAGGGGUUGAUGUUGAGGUUCCUAAACUAUCAGGUUCUGCUGGGGCUACAGGUAAAGCUAAGCGCAAAAAGAGAAAUAAGAAAAAGAAAAAUGCCGCUGCGGGGUCAUCAGUUGAUGGUGUUGCUGUAAGUACCCCAAGUGUUGAUAUCGGAGGUGGAGCUGAAGUUGAUGUUGACAUGGCCGUUGCUUCUUCUGGAGGACUUUCUGUACAACUACCAGAAAUUGGUGGAGAAAUGUCGGGAUCAGUCGCAGGCAACGCUGAUGUUGAUACCAGCGCUAAAGCUAAAGAAAGCCCCAAAAAGAAAAAGAAGGAAAAGAAAGGAUUCUUUGGCUCAAUAGGAUUCUCCAAAGAUUCAAGUUCAAGCUCGAGCUCUAGCUCAAGCUCAAGCUCUAGUUCAUCAUCAGAUGAGGAGGGCAUUGGCUCUAAAAUAUUAGCCACAUUUGGAUUUGGCAAAAAGGACUCAAGUGACUCAGAUAACCCCAACUCGAACAAUAACAAUAGUACACGACUGGCGGAAGCAGCUGAAGCUGACACAAGAUACAGUGAAACAGAACUCAAUGUGAAUAACAAUGCAAAUGGAGAUGACAAAGCAGAGAACGCAGAUGAUUCAUCCAAAGAACAUUCCCACACAAGAAGCAAGAAGACUUUUGGGAGAAUAUUCAACCGGAAACAUCGACAACAUAUUGUAGAAAUACCCGACGAAGGAGGAGAGACAGAAGAUAAUGCAGGAAAGGGAGCCCAUGGAAGUGCAUCAACUGUGCAAGAUAACAGCAUGUUGUCCAACAAGGGUGCUAUUCUACAUACGCCUCAAACAAACACACUGUCCAAAUCUGAGAGCUACAAAGAAGGCAAGGUGGGAACAUUAGGCAAGCUCUUUGGAAAGAAAAAAAGCAAGAAAAGUCCAGGUGUAUCAAAAGACAGCAGGGCCAUUUCUCCACCACCACCACCAUCAAGAGUUGACAGCUUCUCUGCCAGUAGUAGUGCAAGUGUAGAUAUGUCUGAUGGUAGUGUAGUCUAUUCUCCUGCUGAAUUUCUUCCAGUUGCUAGGGCUUCUGUAGAUAGUACUUCUACCAGUUCCUCAAAGUCUGGUCAUAAAAAACGUCAUGCCCCAGCCCCACCUACAUUAAAGGUUUGCACACAAGAAAGUUUAUAUAAAGAUGGUAUUCCAGAGUCACCAAUGUCAGAGAAAUCCUUUCGAUCAUUUUCAUCCUCAUCUUCAUUAGGAACACCUCCUGUUCAGCCACAUAAAGGUUUAUACAACAGCCUUCCUGUCAGUAGUGAAUAUAUGAAAAGAGGAAGUGCAUCUUCACUCCCUGAUUUUAACCCUCACAAGAGAGAUUAUCAGAUACAAGCUGCUUCUUUGGAAAAGAGCCGGCUUCAAAUUCCCUCUCCAACAUCAACCUCCCAUAUAUUAGCUGAACGAGGGAUAAUCUAUGCCAGCAUUGAAGACCUGAGUACUGUAGCUGAAGCUGUCAAAGAAUUGCCUCUACCACCAGGUGCUCCUCCUCCUAAACCAAAACGUCUCUCUGCAUCACCAGAUGUUCUUGAAGAAAUGCUUGAAGAAAUUGAAGCAGACCCAAAAAUGUCUCUUUCUUUAGUAGAUGAAGGGAGUGAGCAUACUCAUGAAGAAAUUGUAGCCUCCAAACAAGAACCUGUUGAGAUUGCCAGUAACCAACAAGCUUCAGACUUGAAAGUCACAAUCUCAGAUAACUCAAAAGAAGAUGCAUGUCUUGAAGAACAGAAGGUCCCAGAACAGGAUUUCAAGCAAUUGUACUUGUUUGAUAUGUUAGCACCUCAUUUAGAAACAAAUGACGUGGAGGAAACAGAGACAACAGUUGACAUUAAAGUGGAAGUCAAGCAAUCGAUGCAUGAUACUGUGUCUGUAACACCACAAGGUUCUGGAUCUAAAGACCAUGUUGAGGCUCUACCUCCACCUGCAAGAACUGAGGAUUCUUCGUCUGAUCUUAUCAAACAAAGGACUGACUUUUCUCCAAGCGGCCGUUCUACUUCUUCAUCUGAUCUUAUCAAACAAAAGACUGAUUCUCCUUCCAGUGACAGUUCUACACAUGCUGAGGCUGAACAAAUUCCUAUCGUUGAAGAUUCUAUAAAACCUAUGGGUUCUGAGUUGAAGUUGGCACCGCCUAUUCAGAACUAUGAAAAAGUACAUGGAGGUGAGAUGAAUAAGACCUUAGAGUCAAGCACAACUAUUAUUGUUUCUCAUGGUAGAGAAACAUCUGCAAGUCCUGCAACCCUGCCAUCUGGAAGUGAACAUGUACCGUCCUCACCAACGGACUUCUCUGCUUGUAAAGAGAUACCAAUGGUUCCUGAUUAUUCUGCAGUGAGACAAAUGGCCAAAGAAGCAAUUAGUUCAAAUCACGAACGUGCAUCUGAGAUCAAAGCAAUUUUGAAACGGUCCAUGGCAAGAAUGAUGGGGGUGGAACUCCCAGCAGAAUCAGUUUUUAAAAAUGAGACCGUUGCAGAUGAUGUUGGAAGUGAUAAUGAAACAAAGGAGAUUGAGAUAAUUUCUUCAUCUGUUGCUGCUGAAACAGAGAAUUGUAAGAUAGAAGGUUCUGCUGAUAAGGCAGAGGAACCAACAAGUUUAGUGGAAGAGACUGUGUCUCCAACUGUUACUGAUUCUACAUCCAAGAGUCUAAUAGAGGAGUUUGAGAGUCCAAGUGAGGAUAUAAACUCCAACAAAGUAGUUCCAGGAAUUGAAACUAAAGAUGAGAUCUUUAUUAGGUCAGACACGGAAGACAAAACCUUUGCCACUCCUUGUGUUACUAGACCUUGCGAAAAGGAAGAAAGUGUAACAGACGACACAUUGGUAAAAAAGUCCUUCUUAGAUGAUGCCGUGUAUGAAAUAAAACCAGAGAGAAUGUCGCUGACAAGGUCAAGCUCAUUUGAGAAGAAAAAAACAAACGAUUUUCAGCCACUAUCCAAUCUAGCUAGAUCAAAAUCAUUUGGAGCAGAAGAAUGGCAGAGUAAGAUUUCCAGUCAUCAGAAAAAUGAAAAGGAACAUAUUGACACUUUCAGUUUUGCGCACGCUGAUCCUAAAGAUGAACUGAAAAAACUUGCUUCGUUGAGCGUGGUGAGAGCAGCAAGAGAAAAGUUUGGUGGUACACUUUCCAAUAAGGAAAGUCCUAAGAAACGACCUGUUUAUUCUGAGAAGCUGGUCUUUUCCCAAAAGUCAUCUCAAAACCUAUCGACAAGCAAUGCAGAAGAAAAAAACAACUUUGAGUUUGUGGAAGCUCAGAAAAGUCUCAAGAAAUGUCCAACUCCUUAUGAAGAGCCACUUAUUUAUCAACACAAUACUACUGUGGAGGCAUCGUUGUCUACUAAGGAUUCUUUGACUGAGGUACCACAGCAUAGCGUGCCAGCAAAGAUUACCACCAGUUCAGUCCACAGAGUUGCAACGCGUCAAGUUUCCUCAGAUAAAUCGCUAACUUUUGGUGGUGUUGGAAGGGUUAUGUAUCAGAGUAAAGCAAUGACCUGGAAAAAGUCCACAGAGAGAGUCCAGAAGAAAGAAGUACCCGUGAGGAAAAAUUAUACAGAUGAUAGUUCUUCAAUUGUAUCUACUGUCAGCUCAUGGAAAGUAAAAAGAACCAAGAGGAAAAGUGUGGUAGAGAAUGAGUAUGAUACUGGUGUAAAAGAAAGGGGUAUCAGCAGCGAAAACAUUGCAGUUGUGUCUCCGCAAAUUGUCAGUCCUGAAAUAGUUGACAGUGGAUCUGAAGCUGUGGUUGUGAAGGAAACGUUUGACAAGAAUGUCAAAGAUAUAGAAACAGACAUGAAGUCAGAAAAUGUGGAGAGAAAGGUUGAAGCCGAGCAGGAAAAUGAGGUGCAUCAGGUUCAAGUCAAGGAUGAGGCCCAAAUUGCCCAGACACAAUCCGAAUGUAAAAUAGAGUCCAUUAAUACUGAACAGCAACAUUAUACUAAAGAGGACAUUUCAAUUGAGUUGGAGCCAAUAGUUGUAGAGGAUACAUCCACCACAAUGGAGAGUCCCAUCAUAGCAGCCACUGUUCCCAUUGUAGCAGCCACUGUUCCCGUGGUAGCAGCCACUGUUCCCGUGGUAGCAGCCACUGUUCCCGUGGUAGCAGCCACUGUUCCCGCGGUAGCAGCCACUGUUCCCAUCAUAGCAGCCACUGUUCCCAGCACAGCAGCCACUGUUCCCAUCACAGCAGCCUCUGUUCAAGAAGUGAACAGUGCCAUCCCUACUGUUGACAUGAAUGAAGAAAAGCCACACACAGAAAUUAAAGUUGAUGAGGAAACUCACAUCAAACGUCACAGAGAGGUCCGUGAAAGAACCAAAAGUAUCCUAGCAAAAAUAAAGGCCACAACAGCUUUUCAGGACACAACUAAAAGUAGCCAAGUAUUUAGUGAUGAUACAAGUGUGCAGAGAAGAGACAGUAAGGAGGCAGCCCAGAUCCGUGAACGUCGAAGAAACACUAAAUCCACUCCAAAUAUUGACAGAGAAUGGCAAAUGUUUGAUGAAAUGAAGUCAGAUGUUGUCAUAUCACCUGAGGCCUAUUUCAGAGUAACUCAAGAAAAUUCAAACAAACAAACAAGGCAGUCACCACCAAGUCAGGCAAGAAAUAUUAGGAAGGUUAAAAGGAAAGCUUACGUCCGUAGAUUAGCUGGUGCUGAUCUUGACCGACAAUCUGAAAGUUCUUCUGAAGGACUUUCCGAAGAUGAGCCCCCAAGAAGACAGCAUUUAAGUGGUCGGUUAGAUUCUGGUUUUUCAGACAUGGCCUCUCACUCUGAAUUGGACAGACGCGUACUUCCGCACAAGAACCACCCAAGGAAAUCGGGUGGCAAAGCAAAGCAGUCAAGUCCUCGCAGUAGUCCGAUUAUGACUGCAAAGCAUGGGGAGUAUCCAACUUCCAAUCUUAUUUCAGAAGCACCAUCUGAGAAAUUUCCAAUAUCAUCAGAUCCUUCAGAGCUCCAGAGGAUCAUCUUACAACAGCAAGAAGAGAUGCGCCUCCUUCGCCAGCAAAUGCAGGCCUCGCAAAUUCAGGCCACUCAAAUGCAAGCCAGCCAAAUGCAAACUUCUCAAAUGCAAGCUACUAGUCUUUCAGAGGGUAUUCAAUCUCCUGCUGUAAGCCUUGGGCAGAUGAACGUAGCAAACCCACAUGUUCCCACCAUGCCUUACAUGUACUCUCCCCCUAACAUGAUGAUGGUACCUCAAAGAGGUAUGAUACAACAACCUAUGUACUAUGUUCCCCAAGGUAUUCCUCAGGGGCUACAAACCCCGGCGGUUCAGAUGCCUGGGGUUCUUCCUAUGAGCAACUACUCACCAUAUGCUCCUUCACAUGUGCCUUUUCCUGUACAGGGGAUGUUACCGAUGCAGACACAGAUGCCUAUGGGAUUGCCAUUUCAACAAGGUAGUGUGACCCAGUACCCCACAAGCCACUUUACAACAAUGUCCGCGGCUGGAGGAUCUAUAGCCGAAGCCCCCAGGACUGUUGAGCAGAAACACAGUGAGUAG